AUGAAUAUUUUUAAUUUAAAACUUAUAAGUUCUGUAAGAAUAAAUAACUUAACAACAACAUUUGAUGAUUCUCAUUAUAUAGGAAUAGAAUUUGAUAAACCAGUUAUAAUACGAUCAAUUGAAUCUUUAGAAAAUAUCGAUAAUAAAGAUCUUAAAUUUUUCUUAUAUUCAACCGACCAAAUUAACUGUUUAAAAACUGAUAAAGCUGUUAUAUUAAAAAAUAAAGAGAUUAACAAACUUAAAAUUUUUAUUAAAAAAAUUAUUAUAAGAUUAAAUAGAAAUGAUUUAACAACUUCAUUUAAAAUUUUUGCACUUGAAGGUCGCAAUCCAAUACUUAUAAUGACACCAAUAUUUAAAUUUGAUGAUACUAAAUGUUAUUUGUAUAUAAAACAACCCAAAAUUAAACCAAAAGAAAUAGAUAAAGUCAAAACAGAUCCAAUUAGUAAAAUAAGAUAUAGAUUUAAACAAUUUAAAAUACCUUCUUUAACCAAUUUAACCAACAAUAUUAACAAACCCGCUUUAUUCUUACACCGAAUAUUUAAAAAUUAUACUGAAAAUCAAAUAAUCAAAUUUUUGACAAGAAGUAUUUUUAUUUUAAUAAUAUCAAUUAUACUUUCUCUAAUAAUUAUUGAUAAAAUUCAAUAA